CAUUGCCAAAUCAAACUCAAAGCACUUUGCCUUUGCACCCAACCCCCCAACCCACCCUUCCUCUCUCUCUCUCUCUCCUACAGUAAAAUCUUUUUGGUUUUAUUUGCAGAGAAGUAGUGAGAGGAAGAAAGGAAAAGAAAGCAUCGGAGACGGUGAAAGAACAAAAAUUGUAACGUCUUUCACCAAACCUCUUUUCGUUUUUCUCUCCCUAUAAAAAUUCGUUCACUUUGAUACUUCUGACUCAUAAGCCAGCUUCCUCAUUGUAACUCUCUCUGUUUUAGUUCAAACAGAAAACACUGAGCUUAUUCAGUUUCAGUGACGAUGUUAGAGAAGAUGGAAAUUCUGGACGUUGAAAUGGUGAUUGAAGAGUUCGAAGCGAUGACCAAAGAUGCUGGGAGUGUUCAAAGGGAGACUUUAAAGAAGAUUUUAGAAGAAAACGGAUGCGCUGAGUAUUUGCAGAAUCUCGGCCUGAAUGGAAGAACUGAUCCCGAGAGCUUCAAGGCUUGUGUUCCUCUCGUUACUCACCAGGACUUGGAGCCUUAUAUUCAAAGAAUUGCUGAUGGUGAUUCUUCCCCGAUUCUCACUGGAAAACCAAUAACCACCAUAUCUCUCAGCUCUGGCACUACUCAAGGAAAGCCCAAGUUUGUGCCUUUCAAUGAUGAAUUGAUGGAAACCACUUUGCAGAUUUACCGAACUUCUUAUGCUUUUAGAAACAGAGAAUUCCCUGUUGGGAAGGGGAAGGCUUUGCAGUUCAUUUACAGUAGCAAGCAGAGUAAAACCAAAGGGGGUUUGUUUGCUGGAACUGCAACUACCAAUGUCUUUCGCAAUUCGCAGUUUAAAAAUGCGAUGCAAGCAAUGCAAUCUCAGUGUUGCAGCCCUGAUGAGGUGAUAUUUGGUCCUGAUUUCCACCAAUCUUUGUACUGCCAUCUUUUAUGUGGGCUGAUUUUCCGUGAGGAAAUUCAGUUGGUUUCCUCUACGUUUGCCCAUAGCAUUGUUCUUGCGUUUCGAACUUUUGAACAAGUUUGGGAAGAGCUCUGUGCUGAUAUAAGAGAAGGGAUCCUCUCUAGCAGGAUCACUUUUGCGUCUGUCCGAUCAGCUAUGGCAAAAUUGCUGAAGCCAAAUCCUGAAUUGGCUGAUUUGAUUCAUAAUAAAUGUACAGCACUAAGUAAUUGGUAUGGAUUGAUACCGGAGCUUUUCCCUAAUGUGAAAUACAUCUAUGGAAUCAUGACUGGGUCCAUGGAGCCUUAUUUGAAAAAGUUAAGGCAUUAUGCAGGGGAGUUGCCUCUUUUAAGUGCUGAUUAUGGUUCUUCAGAAGGGUGGAUUGGGGCCAAUAUCAAUCCAAACCUGCCUCCUGAGUCGGCUACUUAUGCUGUGCUUCCUAAUAUUGGGUAUUUUGAAUUCAUCCCUCUGAAUGAGAACGUUGAGGAGCUUGUGCAAGACAAAAUUAAUACUUCUUUCGUCUCUGCCGAGCCCAAGCCAGUUGGUCUGACUGAAGUUAAGGUUGGCGAAGAGUAUGAGAUUAUUAUGACCACUUUUGCAGGUUUGUACAGGUAUAGGCUAGGGGAUGUGGUCAAGGUUAUGGGCUUCCAUAACUCAACCCCGGAACUGAAUUUUGUCUGCAGAAGAAACCUGAUGCUUACCAUAAACAUCGACAAGAACACCGAGAAAGAUUUGCAGCUCGCCGUGGAGGAAGCAGCCAAGUUAAUUGCUGGAGAAAAGCUGGAAGUAGUUGAUUUCUCUAGUCAUGUGGAUGUGUCAACCGACCCCGGUCACUAUGUGAUCUUUUGGGAAAUUAGUGGCGAAGUAAGUGAUGAGGUCCUGAAAGAAUGCUGCAAUUGUCUGGAUCGUUCUUUUGUUGAUGCAGGCUAUAUCAGUUCCCGCAAGGUCAAUGCGAUCGGGCCUCUUGAACUCAGAGUUGUUUGGAGGGGAACUUUCCAGAAGAUUCUUGAUCAUUACCUAGGAUUAGGAGCUGCUCUUAGUCAGUUCAAAACGCCGCGAUGCGUAGGGCCUACAAACAAUAAAGUGUUGCAAAUCUUGUGCGGCAAUGUCGCCAAGAGCUACUUCAGUACUGCUUUCUAGUUCCUAGUUAAAUAUGCGGGAAAAGUAAUUUUCUCAUCAUUUCUCAUAUUAUAAAUAAUAAAUCAAAGGUUUUUGUUGGCUUAAA